UUCUUCUCCAAAACUUAAGUAGCCAAAGUUUACUAAAUCAUUUUCUUCCUAUUUAUUUCUAUUGACUUGCUCCUUCUUCAUUUAACUAUCUUUUGUAGUAUCUGCCUUAUAUACAUAUAUACAUAUACCUCACCUUUUUCCGAAAAAAAAUUAACAAAUAAUAAUAUGCUUUUAUCAUUCUUGCAUUCAAGUUCUUGCAGUCAGCUCUUUCUCGUUUUCACCGUCGAUAUUCAAUAUCUACCAUGGAUUCUUCAGAUUUUGCUUCUACCAGAUCUUUUAAGAAAGAGAUCCAAGGUCCUCGUCCCAGUCCUUUGAAGGUCCACAAAGACUCCUACAAGAUCAAGAAACCUCCGGUAGCCCCCCAACCACCGCACCACCACCAUGAACCGCCACAGCACCGGCCGCCGGUAAUAAUCUACACAGUGUCACCCAAGGUAAUCCACACAAACCCCAGUGAUUUUAUGACUCUAGUUCAACGUCUCACCGGCUCAACAUCAUCAUCAUCGAGAACGGGAACGGUAAAUACAGCAUCUAAUAACGGUAACUGUGCAGGCGAUAUAUCUCCAGCGGCUAGAUACGCGACUGUAGAGAAGAUCAGUAGGUCAUCACCAGAAGGGAAAAAUAAGAUGAUGAUGAUGAAGAUACAAAGUAAUGAAGAUGACAUGGGCCUUGUAGAGGGUUUAGAGAUAGAUCAUGUGGUGGAGAGGACCAGUCUUUUUCCGGGAAUUUUGUCACCGGGCCCCUCUUCACUGGCUCCUAUACCGCAGAGCUUCUUUUCUCCGCCGUCUGAUCCUAACUCCAUGUUCGGUUUCUUUAAUGAUUUGAGUCCAGUUCUUCACGGUAACAAGAAUUUUAUGGAGGGUAAUUACAUGCUUAGUCCUACAAACUUUAUCUUACCUUAUACCACAUCCCCACCAGCUACUACUCCGUCCAUUGACCUCUUCAACAAUUUCUUUGACCUUUAAAUUGAUAUUUGAGAAUGGAUUUUAUUUUAUUUUUUAAAGGAGAAUGGAUUUUGAUCUUUAACAAGCUCGCUCAGAUUAUGGAGAUCUAUACAUGUACAAAAAAUAGAUCCUUAUACCCCUCUUAUCAUCAUCUUUUUUCCGUUCAUUUCGUAUACAUGGAUUAUUCUGGGAGGGAAAUUAAUAAACUGGAGGACUGCUUGUUAAUCUGUUCAUGUUUAUAGCAGCUUCCAUGAUUGUGGAAGAUGAUGAGGGAGGGACAAAAAUGGUAGUUUGUAAGUUUGGAAGAGUGGGGGGUUAGAAAGCUGGAUGGUUUUUAAUGUCAUGGAUGGAAGGUAGUUGGGAACAUUGACUAACUGAAAGCAAAAUUUCUAGACCUCCUGUCUUUUGUUCCAUUAUUUAUCGUGUAUUCGUUGCAUCUACUUACAAAUUGAUUAAUCUAUUCACACAAUAAUAUUAUAUCAUCUUCUCUUUGCCGU